UCGCUUUCGCCUCCGUGCCGUACCCCUCCCCCCCCUCACGGCGCUGCAGUUACAGCCGAACAAAGUCGACGGCGUCGCCGCUUCUGCUGUCGCCGAGCGGCUGAUUGACGUGUGGAGAUAACUUACCGGUCACCCUCGACGGGCCUUAGCCCGGUCGAGUACCUGAACACAGUGCUGGUACAGCUUAGAAGAAACAUUUUCUUUGGAGAAAAUUCAUCAAGGAUCUGAAGCAAAAUGCGGCCAAUGCGCAUUUUUGUAAAUGAUGACCGCCAUGUCAUGGCAAAGCAUUCUGCAGUUUAUCCAACUCAAGAAGAACUGACAGCAGUUCAAAACAUGGUCUCUCACACUGAACGUGCUCUCAAAGCUGUUUCUGACUGGAUUAAUGAGCAGGAGAAAGGUAAUAAUGAGCAGCCAGAACCUGACACCAUGGAGACUGUAGCUGAAGAAGAGAACAAAGAAGGAAGUGAGCAGAAGACUACAGAGCACUUGACUAGGACGCUUCGUGGAGUGAUGCGCGUUGGUCUUGUAGCAAAAGGCCUCCUGCUGAAGGGAGACUUGGAUCUGGAACUGGUUCUGUUAUGUAAAGAGAAACCUACGAUUGGUCUUUUGGAAAAAGUAGCCGAUAAUCUCAGCACACAGCUUGCUGCUAUUACUGAAGACAAAUAUGAAAUUAUUCAAUCUGUCAGUGAUGCUGCAAUUACAAUUAAGAAUACAAAAGAGCCACCACUGACACUUACUAUUCACUUGACAUCCCCUGUUGUCAGAGAAGAAAUGGAAAAAAUGUUAGCUGGAGAAACGCUAUCAGUCAACGACUCCCCGGACGUUCUGGACAGGCAGAAAUGCCUUGCUGCCUUGGCGUCACUCCGACACGCCAAGUGGUUUCAGGCCAGAGCAAAUGGCUUGAAAUCGUGUGUCAUAGUCAUCCGAGUGCUGAGGGAUCUCUGUACCCGUGUUCCUACCUGGGCUCCGCUUAGAGGAUGGCCUCUAGAGUUGCUUUGUGAGAAAUCAAUUGGAACAGCCAAUCGGCCCAUGGGAGCUGGUGAGGCACUGAGAAGAGUUCUUGAAUGCCUCGCAUCCGGAAUAGUUAUGCCAGAUGGUUCUGGUAUUUAUGAUCCUUGUGAAAAAGAAGCCACUGAUGCUAUUGGGCAUCUAGACAGACAACAAAGGGAAGAUAUCACACAGAGUGCUCAGCAUGCUCUGAGGCUUGCUGCUUUUGGCCAGCUUCACAAAGUCUUGGGGAUGGACCCUUUGCCAUCAAAGAUGCCCAAGAAACCCAAAAAUGAAAACCCAGUUGACUACACUGUCCAGAUCCCCCCUAGCACAACAUACGCCAUUGCUCCUUUGAAACGUCCUAUGGAAGAAGAUGGAGAGGAGAAAUCUCCAAGCAAAAAGAAAAAGAAGAUUCAGAAAAAAGGUAUUGAGUUGGCAAGAGAGGAAAAGUCAGAUCCUCCACAAGCCAUGAAUGCUCUCAUGAAGCUGAAUCAGCUAAAACCUGGACUUCAGUAUAAACUAGUAUCUCAGACAGGUCCAGUUCAUGCUCCUAUAUUUACUAUGUCUGUGGAAGUUGAUGGCAUUACUUACGAAGCUUCAGGACCUUCCAAAAAAACAGCCAAGUUGCAUGUUGCAGUCAAGGUUCUGCAAGACAUGGGACUUCCUACAGGUGUGGAAGGCAAAGAGAGAGGCGAUGAAUCGGCAGAAGAAACUGAUCAGAAACCAGUUGCAGUUGCUGCUCCUCCUGUAGUGGAAAUUAUUUGUACUCCUAACGCUGCUUCUCCUUCAGAGCAGACAGAGAAUGUGAAACAGCAGGGACCAAUACUGACCAAGCAUGGGAAAAAUCCAGUUAUGGAACUCAAUGAGAAACGGCGUGGCUUAAAAUAUGAGCUGAUUUCAGAAACUGGUGGCAGUCAUGACAAACGGUUUGUGAUGGAGGUGGAGGUUGAUGGCCAGAAGUUCCAAGGAGCCGGUUCAAAUAAAAAGGUGGCAAAAGCUUAUGCUGCACUGGCUGCGUUAGAAAAGCUUUUCCCAGAUGCCCCCCUUCCAAUGGAGCAGAAGAAGAAAAGGGCCCCUAUGCCAGCACGGGGGGGACCCAAAUUUCCUGUAAAGCAGCAUAAUCCAGGCUAUGGCAUGGCAGGACCUAUGCAUGCUGAAGUACCUCCUCCUCCAAACAUGCGGGGUCGGGGCAGAGGAGGAAAUAUCCGGGGCCGGGGCCGGGGCAGAGGAGGAUUUGGUGGUGCCAAUCAUGGAGGUUAUAUAAAUGCUGGGGCCGGAUAUGGAAGUUAUGGCUACGGUGGGAACUCUGCAACAGCAGGCUAUAGUGACUUUUUCACAGACUGCUACGGCUAUCAUGAUUUUGGGUCUUCCUAGAUCAUCUAAAAGUAUUGCACAUAAAACAACUUUUUACUCCAAUUUUCUCAAACUCCAAAACCAAUGUGUCCGUGCUGUGUCCCUGUGCUUCACUGGUUUCUCAACAGUGGCUUUUCACCGCAGCUUUCCGAAACUUAGCCUACAAACAGUGGCAGUUUUAAUUGUGACUUGCCUUUGAUCAUAUCGAUGUCCACGAUUGGGGAGCAAAGGUUCAAGGAAUGCCUGUGCAUUGUGCACAAUAAGAGCCAACUCUUCUGCUUACAAGCAAAAGGCCUUUGUUUUGCUUUUUAUGGAAAGCAUUUUAUUUUAACAGAACUUGCAAAAAUAUGUUACCUUUUUGUCUUAAAUUUUCAGGAGAUUUUGUACAGAUUUUAGUCCCCAAAAGUGGGUAAAUGCUUGUAAUGAGGCAAAAUUCCUUUUAAUAAUUCUUAAACUACAACAGCCUGAAUUUUGAGCAUGCAUAUUCUUGACUUACAUGUGCUGAUUUUAAUCUCUGCGUCCAUGGAUUUCUUGCAUUAAUGAAAGUCUGAGACUUGUUGGGUUGUAUUAUCUUUAACAUGUCAGUGGCUUGGUUAACUGCAGUGGUUUUUUUGCAGUUCUUAUAGGAUGUGGCUCUUUUUUCUUGUUCUCCGGUACAUGUCCCUAGAAGAUAAAUGUAGUAUUAUCAUAAGACAUGAAGACUACUGAACAUUGAAAGGCACAGGGAAUAAAGUAGCUAUUAACGUUUUUAAUAAAUGGAUUGUUUAGUUCUCUUUGCUUUAGUAGUCAUAUUAAAUGUGCUCAGUUUGAUUGUUGUCAUUGUUUAACAAUGUUAAACGUACUAAAUUAAUAAUUAAAUAAGUGGAAGUACAGUGGAGAUAUGAAUUUGAAAAAAGGCUCUAAACAUAAAAAUGACAUUUGGUAUCAAUUUAAAAGCAAAACUAAGUUAAAAAAAAUCAUACUUAAAUGCUGUUAUUCUAGAAGAAGCAGUUGUUCUUAAUGUGUGUUAGGAAUAAUUUGGAUUAAGAAGUAAAAUUACUCCAAGUAACCAGGUUUAUGUUUCUUUGUACAUGACCUCUUGCUGAACCACAACUGUGAGUUCACUUACAACUUUUCCCACUUUUUAAGCAUGUAGCUUUAUGUUUUUAUAAAGAAUAGUAAUUGGUAACUUGUAUGCUAAUUAUGGGUCAGAACUGAGGUCGUGUUUUAUGUUCCUUGAACAAAAAAAAAUCUGUUUAUACAUGACUUGUGACAUAAACUUCAAAUUGAAUUCUAAGUAGAGAGCCAAAUCCUUUAAAAUGAAUAGCACUAUGCAUUAAAUGAAAUUUUCCCCAUGAACAAAAUGA